CCUCUCGGGGCCGCGCAGGAAAGCGGAGCGAGGGGGCGGGGCCUCGGCCUGGCUUCCAUCCCUCCCCUCCCUCCCCUCUCCCUGGCUGCGGGGACCGCAGGGAUGUUCCCGGCUCAGGAGGAGGCUGACAGGACCGUGUUUGUGGGCAAUUUAGAGGCCCGAGUACGGGAAGAGAUUCUUUACGAGCUGUUCCUUCAGGCCGGGCCACUAACUAAAGUGACUCUUUGCAAAGAUAGAGAUGGAAAGCCAAAGUCCUUUGGUUUUGUCUGCUUCAAGCAUCCUGAAUCUGUGUCUUAUGCCAUAGCUUUGCUGAAUGGGAUUCGUUUGUAUGGAAGACCAAUUAAUGUGCAGUAUCGAUUUGGUAGUUCUCGCUCUUCUGAACCAGCUAGCCAAAGUUUUGAGAGCUGCGUUAAGAUACACUCACACAGCUUCAGGAAUGAUGAAAUGCUGGGCAGAUCCUCGUUCCCCAUGCACUUUUUCCCAAUUGCGAAUGCUGCUUUACCUCAAGAGUAUUUUUUCUUUCAGAAGACGCACUGGCACACCCACAGUCCAAUGUUGCAGCCUCCUUUCUACGACAUGACAGCAUCCCUUCCCAACAGUGCCUCUGGAUCGCGCUCCUUAAACCUCGAGGCUGGACCCAGCUCCUACGAGUGGACUCACCAGCAACCAAGUGACCCUGACCUUUAUCAGAGGAACAAGCGAAAGAGGGAAAGGCAGGCCAGUGACACCGACAGUAGCUCAGAAGACAAGAGAGGGAAUGAAGGGAGCCAGAAACACCAGAAAUGCAAAAGGAAGAAGAAAUACCAGUGAAAUUUAUCUGCACUGUGCUCAACUCUCUCUCUAAAAAAAAAAAAUCUGUUGUACCAAAUGACCCAUUUCUUGGCCAUCUUGUCUUUUUUUAAACACAUAUGAAAAUAUGACUCUGUGAUUUGCUGUUCAGUUUUUGCCCUGAAUGAUAAAAAGUCUUUAAACAAUAAUAUAAUGUACUACUUUUGUAUUUGCAAGGUUAUUUUUGGCCCAUUGUCAAGAAGAAUAUACUUUACAUCAUCUUAUUUUUAGAGCUGAGGAUGAAAUUUGACCGAGUUCUAAAGCCACUCUCUGAACCCUUGAGGGUUAACCACGAUGCUCUCCCUAGAGUCUCCCUAAGGUUUCCAACCACAAGUGGGCUGGCCUCAGAUGUAGAUCGCUGGGAGAGCUAAUGGGAAUACUUAAAAACAACAUGGUCUAAGGGAUACGUAGUGAGGAGGCUGCAGUUCCCUUUGUAACUGACACUUUGUUUUUAUGCCUAAAUGUGAUUUCUCUAAGCAUCCCUAGCAGGGUUGAUUUCACAUGACCCUGACUGUAAUACCAAAGGAAAGACAACUGUGGUAUGCUUAAAGGGAAGGCCACAUGAUAGUCCCUCUUUUCAUGAUUGUAUUUGACCUAAUUCUUUACAUUUCAUUUAUGGUUUGUAGUGAGAAAAAAAAAAAUCAGUCAAUGAUGUCAGUAUCCACUGUCCACUUCUGCCAGCAAGGGUGGAAAUACACAGGAAAUGUGUGAAUUGCCAUGAUGAGCAUGUGUAUAGAAUGAUGUAUCAUCAUCUAUUUAGUGCCUACUUCCAGGUCUAUAUUUUUAAUUCACUUAUUUUAGGAGAUAAAUGGACUACAUGUAAAAUGAAUGGUGGAUGUCAAUUUUAUUCAGCAUUAAUCAAAAUUAUGAGAAUCAUGUAUUUAUUAAAGCUAAUUGAAAGAAUUGGGCAAACUCACUUGGAUUUAUCUACUCAGUUCAAUAAGAAGAACCACACAUGGAUGUUA